AUCAGAAAAAUAAAAGAAAAAUCUGAGCCUUAAAAAGACCGAAACUUUCGGAUGACACAUCACGCAGUCACUCUAAUAAUAAGAAGGGAGACCCCAAAAAAAAAAAAAAAACAAGAAGAAGAUCGAGACGUUCACCAACGGAGAUGCGUUGCUAUGCCGUGGCUAUUCCCGGAAGCGAUUAUCGCUUCUUCGCCUCGACACCCUUAUCUGUCCCCGCCAACAACACUUUCAAUCCCAAAUCUCUCAAUUUCCCCUCUCAAAUCGGCGGUUUCGUCCCUCUCAGAGUUAAAGCCGCCGUCAACGACGGCUAUGUGGCCGAGGCCUCCAAGUUAAGCUUUUACGAGCUUCUGGGCAUCCCUGAGUCUGGGUCCUUGCUCGAGAUCAAGCAGGCUUACAAGCAGUUAGCGCGAAAGUACCACCCUGAUGUGUCACCGCCGGAUCGGGUCGAGGAGUAUACGAGGAGAUUCAUUCAGGUGCAGGAGGCCUAUGAGACCUUGUCUGAUCCUAGAAGGAGAGCUUUGUAUGACAGAGACAUGUCAAGAGGGAUUCACUUGGCCUUCUCCGCUCGCCGGCACUACUACGACGAUGAGGUAAUUGAACCAAAAAGUGAAUGGAAAGCUCGUUGGCAAAGUCAGCUAUCAGAGCUGAAGAGAAGAAGUAAUCUGAAGGACAAGGGAGAAAAUCUGUCGUGGGCAGCUCGAAUGCGUCGUCAAAGAGAAGAAUCGUGUAACGAGUCAUAAGUAGCUGGGUUCUCUCUGUGAAUAUAUUCAUAUACUUAUAUAGGUAGAAGCUUAGUUUCUUCUGUGUAUAGUAGGAAGAUGAGUUGAGGAGAGGGAGAUAGAAAUAUAUGCUGGAUUCACUUCACAAUAACAACAACAAUAACAAUCUGGUGUUGUUUCUAUCUCCUUCUUACUCCUUAAUCUAAAGUCCCUAUGAUUCGGUUGGUGUUUAAGCCGUUGCCUGCAAGAAAUCUCCAUGUUUACUCCCACGCAGCUCUACCUUUCUCAAGCUGAUGAACCUAGUUUUCGAAUUUAUGGUGUUAAACGCGACAUUUGUAUAUAUUGUUCCAUCAAGAGGGGCUAUUCUACAACUGGAAAAUUUUAUUCAGUUGUCUAUAAA